AUGGAAGGAAUCGAUCAACAUAUGCAGCAGCAACAAGAACAGCUACAACAACAGCUACAGCAGCAACAACAACAACUUGAUAUAGAGCAACAUGGUGUUGUUGGUGAUGAAUCGAUAAUAAUGGAUAGUGGUCAACCACACCUCCUCCCUCAGCUCAUCCCCGACCUUACAGUCCAAACAAAUAUAGUAGACACGAGCAUGGAGCAACACGACGACCUAUCUCUCGACUCUUCGAUCAACAUGAGUAGUGAAGCUCCAAUGAUAUUGGAUCAGUUAUCUUCAAACAGAUAUAAUCUAGAUCAACAACAACAACAACAACAACAACAGCAACAUCAAAUGAUAAACAAUAUUGUUAAAUCUACAACACCGUCUGUCAAUAAUAAUAGUAAUAGUAAUGGUAUUAGUCAUCAUCAACAACAACAUAAUAAUAAUAAUAAUAAUAAUAUAAAUAGUACGAGUUAUACAAUUAGAGGAGCACAUGCAACUCCUUCUUUAAACAACCUACCACUUAUCAUAAAGGGUAAAGAUGCAACACCGUCAACGACAACAACUAUUCUUGGCAAUGGAUUUAUGAAUCCCUCUAUCACAUCGUCGCUCAACCAAAUGAUCAAUACUCAAAAUACAACUCCGACCACACUAUCUCCGUAUUAUUCGUCUGCGCAGCAGUUGACGGGUCAGAUGAAUCCAACAAAUGGGUUUGUCGUUCCAUCAGCUCUUCCUCCCUCUACUUCUUCACCUGUCCUCACCUCUGUUUCGACACCAUCAUCCAAUAUUCCACCACCACCACCACCAUCUCUACCAAUAUCUACAUCAACUGUUGGUGGAAAACGAACAUCAUCUACAACGCCUUCACCGUCAUCAUCUCGGUCUGGAACGCCACCACCAAGUUCACCUGCUUUGACUUCAACCACAUCAACAACUACCAAUAAUAAUAAUAUUAAUAAUAAUAAUACCGUCCUAAAUUCUGACGGAGCUUCCCAACAACAACAACCAAUAAUACCAACACCAGUGGUGCCACCACGAAAAGGAUGUCAUUGUAAGAAUUCUAAAUGUUUAAAGUUGUAUUGUGAAUGUUUUGCCAACAAGUUGUUGUGUAAUGGAUGUCAUUGUUUUGGAUGUCACAACAAUGAUGCCAAUAUUGAAGUGGUACAACGAUCACGAUCAAAUAUACUCGAAAGAAAUCCAGAAGCUUUUAAUCCAAAAUUUAAACAAAAAGAGGAAACAAAACAACAUAAACAUACAAAAGGAUGUCAUUGUAGAAAGAGUGAAUGUUUAAAAAAAUAUUGUGAAUGUUUCCAAGCUGGAAUUCCAUGUGGAGAACAUUGCAAAUGUAUAGACUGUAGAAACACAGGAGAAGAUAUAAAAGAAAGAUCAAAACCAAAAGAACAACCAUUAAAAAAAGAAGAAAGAAAACCAACAGCAACAGCAAUUGCAAUACCAAUAACAAAACCAGCAUCAUCUAUUAUUGCACCAGUCAUUGGUGAUGGUGCUACCAAUUUAACAGAUAUAAUUAAAUCCUACACUUCAUUGGAUAAAAUGGCGCAAUAUUGUAUAUAUGAUAUAUUAUCAACUGUAAAGGAUCAUCCAGAAGUAAUGCAAACAAAACAACAAAUAUCUUUACAAUGUGAUGAAGAUUUAGGUUUUCAAACUGAACAACAACAAAAUAAUAAUCAUGAAAAUAAUAAUAAUAAUCAUAUAGCAGAUGAAUUUAAAGAAACAUUUAUACAGGCUGAAUUUAAAUUAUUAUCAAGAUUAUCAAACUUUUUAAAAGAAAUGAUAGAUCAUACUCCUUGA